CCAACGGUACGUGGAGCCAGCCACCAAGCCUCUGUCUGCUGGGGGCUCCGACAAGGAGGGAGGGGAAGAGAGGGCCUUGGGAAGAGCAGGAGGGCGGCGCUCAGGGACUGUGGGUGCAUCCCACUCCAGCCCGCUAACUCCCACAUACGGCAGCUGAGCUGGGCCCCAAGGAGAGGCUGCAUAGGUGGGGCCAGAGCAGGGCUCGCUGGGGGAGCAGACACAAUGGCCACCAUGGAGGAAGAGGACCUGUCAGAGUAUUUCCGCAUGCAGUAUGGGCAGAAGCUCCUGAAGCUGCUGAUGAAAUUCCCAGCACCGGAGGAGCAAUCCCCAUCGCCGUCCAUUCGGCUGCUGGAGAAGAAGAAAGAGGCCACGCUGGUGCACAGGGCUAUGGAGGCUCAGAAGGAGGCUUUCCGGACGAGGAUGGAAGCCCUGAAUAACCGAUGGGAGGAGCUCAGGGCCAAGGAGAUUCAGCUGAAGGCUUAUAUAAAGAAAUUUGAGCAGUUCAUACAGGAAAAUGACCAAAAGCGAAUUCGAGCCCUGAAGAAAGCCAACAAGGAGAAAGAGCUGAAGAAACAGAGGGUGAAGGAGCUGGCAAAGGCCAAGCUGGACAUGGCAGUCCUAAAACAGGAGCAUCAGCGGCUCUUCAACAAGCUGCAGCAGUACUCCAUCUUCAACAAGUACCUGGAGAAGGUGGUCGAGAUGUCGGAGUUUGAGGAGAUACGGGAAGUCAUUGGCCGGUACAAGACGCUGGUGGGCAUGCACCAGGAUCUCAUGCAAUCGGCGCAGGAGGGGCUGGAGAUGAUCGAGCAGGCGAAGGUGCGCCUGUCUCACUAUACGGAAGAGAAGGACGACGAGAUCCUGCAGCACAACAACGAGCUGGCACGCCUGCAAAUGCGCUUCGACCACGCCCGCAGCGAUGUCAUCGUCUGGGAGUCUCGCUGGGCCCACAUCCAGAACACAGCUGCCAAGAAAACCCUCAUGCUGGGCACCAUCAAGAUGGCCACCCUGAACCUCUUCCAGAGCGUGAGCAAGCAACUGAAGGAGACCUUGAGCGUGCCUGUGGAGGACACCCACAAGCAGCUGGACAUGAUCCAGCAGUUCAUCCAGGACCUCUCCGACAUCUGGGCAGAGGUGAAAAAGAAGGACGCCCAAAGCCGGUCACUGAUAGUUGUGGUCAAGGACGUGUAAGGGAAACACCAACUACCCCUGUUCUGCCAAGGGAAGGCUUGGCCAGCUGAGACAGGAAAGGAAAGGGUCUCCCAUGGAUGCUGCAGACUGCACUUCAGUGCUCUCCAUCCUCCUGGCUCUGAGCUCCCGUGCAAACCGAGACUGUUCGUGUUAUAAAGAUAAUAUAUCCUAAGGGCCACGUCAUUUUCAUGGGGU